AUGCCGAAGCGGAGCUUGGACACCGACGUCGACGGCGAGUGGGUUGGCCGCUCCGUGAUGUUCAAGCCUGCCGCCACCCGAGGCCAACGGCUACCCGAAACAAUGGUCGCGAAGAUCUGUCGUGUGACGCGACACGCCACGAAUGCUGCCGUACUCCUGGAGUACUCCGCCAACGGCACGACCAAGACCUACACCGACAUCUUCCCCUGCUGCGAGGCCCUCUCUACGCGCUACAUCCAAGUGCAGGAGGCGGCUGCGCCCCUUAACAAAGAGCAGUUCCUCCGUGAUUGGUGCUAUCAAGGGCCCGCGCGAAGCGCGCCGCGCUCGGGGCAUGCCUUGAGCGAGAUCCUGCCAGCCUUCCAGUUGAACAAGAAUAUCAACGUGUCGCCCACCGUCGGGGCAAAUGCGCCGGACGCCCACCGCGCCGCGGUGGCCGCAGUGCUGGCCUGCUCCAUCCAGCCUUUCCAGUUUGCAGAGCUGUUCCGCGCUUUGUGCGGCGACUUGAACGUCGAGACGUCGAUAGAAGCCGUCCGCGCAGAGGCCCACAUGCGCAUACAGCGCGACUGCCACCUGGAAGGCCUCUUCCGUUGCACAACCACCAAGGAUGAGGCGACGCGGAGGCUCGGGCAGUGCACGCUACACCCCUGGCAGGCGGCCGGGCUGGCGCGGAUCAUGCAGUUGAUGCAGCGCCCCGAGCGCAUGCUCGCCGACUUCAGUUGCUGGGCGCCGCCGCACACGGUCCGCGUGCAGUGCAUGGUGCCGCAGCGCAUGGUGCCGCAGACCGCCGCUGUGCUUCGCGCGGACGCCGGCAUGGGGAAGACCUUCGUGGCCGCGGCGCUGGCGCUGGACAAGCUCACGUACUGCAUUGUGCUGCCCAACUCCACGCGCCAAUGGGCCACACAGGCGACACUGACGGGGGCGCAAGCGGUCUGGGCCGAGGGCACAGACGCGCUCAAGCGAGCCGUGGCGGCCCGCAAGGCGGAGGGCGCCGCGCGCGGCGGCCUCAUCAUCUUCUCGCACACCCUGCUGCGGAGCCACCAUUUGAAACAACUGGAGCUCCCAACGCCUGAUCUAAUCAUCGUGGACGAAGUGCACAAGGCCCACGGCGGGUUCCCCGACGCCGUCUUCCGCUUCCUGGAGCGGUUCCGCAGCGUGUUCGCCCAGGGGCUCACGGCCACGCUGGGAAGCGGCGACGGCAGCACAGAGGCGGCGGUCGGCCGACUCUUGGGCCUCGACGUGCGAACGCUGCCUGCCGCCGUCAUCAGCGUGCCGAGCUGCGCCAAUGCCGCCGUCUUCCCAGAGGCACGCUUCGAAUCCCGCCAAGUGCGAAUGAGCGCCAUAGAACGCUUGGCCUACACCGUGACCCUGGAGAUCGGCAGACCCGACGCCGUCAUCCGCGCGAUGCUCUUCCCGGCCACGGGCGGCGAGGGCGAGGGGUACAAGCAGAGGGUGUGGCGGGAUAUAAUGAGGAGCCUAUCAGAAGCCAAUGAGCGGGUGGAGUUGGCCAGCAUCCUGACGCGAGCGGUGCACCAGCACGACCACCGAGCCGCGAUCGAGGAAAAGCUGGGGCCAUGCGUCACAGACCGCGUCUACCAGCUCGUGGCCGAGCGUGAGCUGCCCGAGUUCUACGACAGUGCCCCCCUGACAGAGCGCCGCUUGGAGAGCGUCUGGGCGAGUCGGGCGUACGCCUUCGCCGCGGGCGUGCUGAGCAAGCUGGGCGCCGCUGCGUCCGUCGACUGCCCCGUUUGCUUCGACACGAACGAUGAUUACUACGUCGCACCGUGCGGGCAUUUUGUGUGUAGCGAGUGUCUGCCGCAGGUCAUCGACUGCCCUCUGUGUCGCGCCCGCAGUCCGGUGUGGCGCAGCGGCCGCGCGUUGCGCCAGGAGCUGGCCUCCUCGCAAGAUACCGCGCCUGAGGACGAGGAGCGGCAGACGUCGGGUAAAUUUUACGAGCUGGCGGAAAUCACCCGCGGGCUGGGCGAGACAGAGCGCGUCCUAGUGGUGUCCCCGCUGAGGACCAUGCUGGAUGACGUGCGAAAGGAGAUGGCCAAGCUGGGGGUCCCAUUGGCGAUUCUACGUGGCGGAGCCGUCGAGCAGCAGAACACCCUCAAGGCCUGGCAGACGGGGGGCUUCAAGGGUCUGUUAUCAGACCCGGACCUGCCUGCACUGAACUUGAGCGAGGCUAGCACUGUCGUCUUCCUCUCGCCGAUGCUGACGGACACGCAGUUCGUACAGGCGGCGGGCCGCGUCGUGCGGCAGGGGGGCCACCGCGCUAGGGUCCACGUCAUCGUGCUGGCAGCCGCUCAGAGCACCGAGACAGAGGACGCCACGAGAGCGUUGGACUCUUCAGUCUGCUUGCUGAGCCGUGCGGGUGUUGAACAGUCGGCGACGUCUCGCCGCAAGCACACGGAGCGCGGGGAAGACGAGCCUGGCAUCGCUGGGCGCGCCGAGUUUAGAGGCAGUGUCUCUGCGUCCGCGCCGCAGCGGGCGGCGCCGAGAUCCACGCUUCCCCUGAGGACAUCCAGCAUUCGCAAGAGGGUCACGCCGCUCAUGCAGAAACGUGUGGCGGCGCGCUACGGUUUCAAAUGUGCGAUCUGCGGGCUGCCCUUCACGGAUUCGUCACUGUGGGAAAUAGACCACAUCGUUCCCCUAAGCGCUGCGCGAACCGCCGCCGAUGCCGCGAGACUCAACGACAUCUCCAAUCUUCAGCCUGCGCACUGCGUAGUGAGAGACGGCGAUGGCAGAGUCGCGCUGUACUUGCACCGGUGGGGGCUUCACAUGGGUGACUUAGGAAAGGGUUGGCUCGAGCUGUGCACCGAGGAGGAUUACAAGCCGGUUGAGAACGUCGAAGCCUUCGUGCGAAUGCAUAGCGGCCCGUACGAGAAGCUCAUCGACCCUCAGCUCUGGUUCAAGAGCUCGGAGCCCCCGCACGGGAUGCAGCGCGCUACUCUUCCGAUGUGUUUCCAGAAAGGCUGGGGCGCUGGCACAGCCGCGCUGGCUCGCAAGUUGCGGGAGAAGCACGGGCUGCGCGUGCCCGAGUAG